CUCUCUUACUCUUUUUAUCCCCCACAUGCCCAAUUCCCAAAUCACAAACUCUGUCUCUUCAUCUCUCUGUCUCUUCUCUCUCUAAAAAAUACUACAGAACAACAAGUUAUGGACAGUCUCCAAAAACUCAACCUUCUUUUCAUCUCUCUAGCCAUAACAAUCUUCUCUCGCAACAUCGCCACCGAUUUACCUUUCAUCGAAGUCAAAUUUCCAAACACCUUUCCACGGACAACGCCGGUUAAAAACCAGUCGUCUAGUAUACCAAGUCGGGUCGGAUCAGAUGAGUGUCGACUCUGGACCCAAGUCUGUUCCGAUGAGAUUCUCCGGCUGGCUCAGGAGCAGGAGAACGUGGCGUGGCUCAAACGCGUGAGGAGAACAAUUCAUGAAAACCCGGAGCUUGCGUUUGAGGAGUAUGAGACGAGUAGACUCGUUCGGACCGAGCUGGAUAGUUUGGGUAUUCGGUACAAGUAUCCGUUAGCUAAAACGGGUAUUCGGGCUUGGAUCGGAUCCGGUGGGCCCCCUUUUGUAGCUGUUCGGGCUGAUAUGGAUGCCCUUCCUAUUCAGGAAGCAGUGGAAUGGAAACACAAAAGCAAAGUGGCAGGCAAAAUGCAUGCUUGUGGUCAUGAUGCACAUGUCACUAUGCUUCUUGGCGCUGCUCAAAUUCUUAAGUCUCGUGAACAUCUUCUCAAGGGAACAGUGGUUCUACUAUUCCAACCGGCAGAAGAAGCCGGAAACGGUGCCAAGAAGAUGAUUGAAGAUGGAGCCUUGGAUGACGUAGAGGCUAUCUUUGCAGUCCAUGUGUCCCACGAGCAUCCAACGGGUGUCAUUGGAUCUAGGAGCGGUCCUCUGCUCGCCGGAUGUGGAUUUUUCCGGGCAAUCAUUACUUCGGAAGAGAUCGGCAGCUCUGCUGAUCUUAUUCUCGCAGCUUCUUCCGCCGUCAUAAGCCUUCAAGGCAUUGUAUCACGUGAAGCUAGUCCUCUUGAUGCACAGGUUGUGUCGGUGACUUCGUUUGAUGGCGGUCACAGUCUCAACGUGGUGCCGGAUACGGUGGUUCUUGGGGGCACUUUCAGAGCUUUUUCCAACUCAAGCUUCUACUAUCUUAUGAAGCGGAUUCGAGAGGUACUAGUGGAACAGGUCGGGGUUUUCGGUUGCACAGCGACACUGAAUUUCUUUGAGGAGCAGAACGCAAUCUACCCGCCAACCACAAACGAUGACAGAAUGUACAAACACUUGAAAAAAGUCACCGUUGAUUUGUUGGGAGACAACAACUUUGCGGUGGCUCCACAAGUGAUGGGAGCAGAAGAUUUUGCAUUCUACUCAGAGGUCAUCCCGGCCGCAUUCUACUUCAUUGGCAUAAGAAAUGAGGAAGUUGGAUCAGUCCACAUUGGUCAUUCACCGCAUUUCAUGAUUGAUGAAGAUAGUUUACCUAUUGGAGCCGCUGUUCAUGCCGCCGUGGCUGAAAGAUACUUAAAUGAUAAAUGUUCAUAAGAAUAAAGACAAUCUACCCAACUUUUUUUUGGGUGAUUUUGUUUAGGUGUUGCAUAAAAUUAUUAUCCAUCUUUGUGUCUACAGUGUUUGUUAACUUUUUAUUUUAAACGUGUAGACCGCAUAUAUUGCAUAAGUAGUGAUCUUUAUAUCUAUAUAAUGUCAUUUCGGUAAACUUUUUCGG